AUGUGGAGUGAAUCUAGGGCGGAAACCUCAAAAUCUAACGCCGCCGCUGUCCAGCGACUCGGCCAACUCGCUGUCGCCGCGCGCGUCGCCCGGCGCCGGCAAGCGCGCGGCGCCCGACGACGCGGCGGGCGACGCGGCGGCGGGCGCGCGCCGGCGGGCGCCGCGCCGGCGGGCGCCGCGCCGGCGGGCAAGCGGCAGCGCAUCUCGCACUACCGCCGCGCCUCGCCGCCGUCCUCCGGCUACGCCACCACCUCCUCCGGCGAGCGCCACGCCUCCGACAACGAGGACGACCGCACCACUGUUAAAAAGGACAACGGUUACACUCUCAAUUUCACCACUGUCAAGGAUCUCUGUCCCAGUCCUGUAAAAUCGAACGGUUUUAGUAGAAGUAGUCCCCCGGUAGAGCAAACUAGUAUCACAGUAAAUAACAUCACAAAUACGGAACCCUUAGAAAAUACAGCUUUAACGUCUGUGCCUGAUGAAAACAUGACUGAAGAUAUAGAAAGGCAGUACCCGCCGGUGACGAGCUCGCGCACGCGGCGCGCGUACAAGGACGAGUUCGCGGCGCUGUACACGGAGUACCAGGCGCUGUACGCGCGCGUGGCGCGCGUGGCCGCGCUCUUCACGCGCCUGGAGCGCCAGCUGCGGCGCGCCGAGCCGCACUCGCCGCACCACCGGAGCAUAGAGCAGCGCAUCGUGGAGGAGUACCAGCGCAUGCGCGGCGACGCCGCCUACCAGCGCGAGCGGCGGCGCGUCAACUUCCUGCACCGCAAGCUCGACCACAUCAAGCGCAUGGUGCAGCAGUACGACCAGCUGCGCAACCCAAAACCGGAGCGAGUUUCGACGGCGAGCACGACGCAAGCGUAC